AUGUCGUCCUUGUCUUUCAUGCUGCUGGGACAAAAGAGACCCAACAUUGCUUCAGAAACCCUUAGAAAGUCUGCCUGUAAAGCCAUGAAACUGAGUGAUCACAUGACACUGUCAUAUUCUCUCAUGAAAGUAAAAAGAACCGAGAACAUUUUUCACUAUGAUUUUCUAUUCCUAAUAUUUUUGUUUAUGUUGAGGAAUUUUAAAAUACUGGUUUUUGAAUGCAGUCAAUCUCCAAGGGAAAAAUUAACCAAGUUACUUUUCAUAGCAAAAGCCUUUCUGCUGCAACAAAAAUUUUAUCACCAGAAUUAA